GCGAUGGACCUGCUGACGUUCGACAAGCAGAACCGCGACCGUAUCCACGCUGUGGAUGUAUCAUUUGGUCCAGCGGGGGCGCCCCUCUCCAAGCCGGGUCGGGUCCUGAUGGGACAGGGCCGUCUGAUGAAGCAGGGUCGCCGCAAGCCCCAGCCGAAGGAUUUCUUCCUCUUCAAUGACUUGCUGGUGUAUGGCAGCAUCAUCCUGAACGGCCGCUGGCACAAUAAUCAGAAGGUCAUCCCUCUGGAGGACAUCAAGCUCGAGGACAUGGAGGACAGUGAGAGACUGAGCAACCAAUGGCUGAUACGUACACCGUGCAAGUCCUUCUUUGUGUCCGCCUCUUCGUACGAGGAGAAGUGGGCCUGGAUGGAGCACAUCGAACAGUGCCAGUCCAACCUGCUGCAGGGCGACGGCAGCCAUCCCGGUGCCGCCUUCGCCGUCGCCUGGAUCCCGGACCAGGCCGCCUUCAAAUGCAUGCGCUGCUUCAACAAGUUCACGGCGACCAGGCGCCGCCACCACUGCCGAAAGUGUGGCUUCCUGGUGUGCAGCGCGUGCUCCACGCAGCGAGCGGUGAUCCACCACAUUCACCCCACCAAGCUGCUGAGGGUCUGCGGCCUGUGCGACGCGAAGGAUAAGGAGGACAAGCCGUCCGGCCCGGGAGGAAACGUCCCGGGAAAGAAUAGCUCCGAGGACAAUGAGGACAAUGAGGCAGCGUCCAGCGAUGAAGACGAGAGAGUGGAGAUGAUGCAGAGCCACACUUACAGCAGCUGGCUGGUUUCCCAUAACGGCGCCAGUGGACAGAUGGGCACCUACGUUUACCCGAGACCAAUGAAUCAGAGGCCCAAAUGAGACAUUAAGCACAUCAAGGAGAUGUCUCAGGCAAUGAAUAUGAAUAAUGGGCCCAUGGGCUCAGAUGACACAAAGGUAAUCAAAUGCACUAGAGGUAUAGGUUUAAAAAUGAAAAGCCUUGAAAGAUAACUGUGUUGUAUUUUUACCUAUUUAAUGCCGUCAUUACUCAGUUUUUAAACACAGUUCUCGAUCCAUUAAGAAAACCCCAUUAUCUUCUCACAUAUGAUUUGAUGUCAAAGGAUGUUGAGAAGAGCAGUGUAUGCGAUUAUGAAACUGCAUAUUAACAGUUUAUACUUGGCUACUCAAAACAAUAGAGCGCUCACAAAACUUGUAAAUGAUUUGUGUCUUUAGUGAUUAUUAGAUUAUUGAGUCAGAUGCACCAAUUACACAUGCAUUAACUUCAUCUUUAUCAUAAAAUGUUAUUAAAUCCCUAUUUUCAUAAUUACAGCGUUUCAGAGGACUUCUUUAUUUUAUAACAGAUUUUUUUAUUUUCCAAAAUGCCCUUUUGUUUUCCAAAAUCUGCUUUUAUUUCAUGUCGCACAUUUUUAUGAAAAGUGUGUCAUGAAAUGUCUCCAAUGAUAUCCAAUAGAAUAGUUAUUAUGAACAUUGAUGAUGAAAUAACACUUCAUAAUGAUGAGUUGAGUUUGAAUAAUGUCUCAAUUAUAAUUGUGUAUUUCAGAAAUGUCUUUUUAAUUGAAUUAAUAUUGAACACUUCAAGGCUCCAUGCAUGGUUCUGCGUACAUGAGGCUGACGGUUCACAUCAGGUCUCGUUUACAAGUGGAGAUGCUUGAAUCUGAUUGGUCCUGGCAGUUUGUGACUCUGCAUUGUUGUUCAUUUUAAUACACAGGGUGUUGAUAUCAGCAUGAGCUACAUUCAGGAGGAGUCCGUAGAACACUGGCCUGUUAUGGUUAUGGACAGACGGCAAAACCUGCUUUUCUAAGAUGGCUGUCAUAAACAAUUGAAUGCUCAACUGUUUCUAAUCUUGGCAUGACCCAUUUCUGGGAAUGUAGCGUCAAACCUGUCCGACCGCCACGCACGAGGAAAUGCGGCCUAUUUUCCGGUAAAGGACAAAUCGGAAUGUUCACAAGCUCGUUUGGUUCUUAUUUGGUUUCUUUAAUAGAACUGGUGAA